AUGGCAAACGAAAGGGCAGCAGGUGACGAACUCACCACCAAAAGUCGCGUGCUCGAGACCGCAGCAGGGAUAAUCCAGGACUUCCGGCCUGUGAAAAGCAUCUGCGCCCAUCUCAAUGCAUUCCACGUAUAUGCAUCCGAUCCGACGAGGGCCAUUGAAACGAACCAUUAUUGUUCGCAUAUCACCGAAGAUAUCAGACAAUGCCUCCUCUACGACUCUCCCACACCAAACGCCCGCCUCAUCGGAAUCGAGUACAUGAUCACCCCAAAGAUCUACAAUACCCUCCCGCAACCCGAGCGCGAACUAUGGCACUCGCACGUCUUUGAAGUGAAAAGCGGUAUGCUGAUCAUGCCCACGCCCAACGGCGUCCCACAAUCCGUAUGGCAAAUGGCCGAAAAUUCUGAAAUGAAAGAUAUUAUCCCUCUAUAUGGGAAAGCGUAUCAUUUGUGGCAGGUGGAUAGAGGCGAUAACGUGCCGUUGGGGCCGCCGCAGUUGGUAAGCAGUUUUACGAAUGAUGAUAUGUUGGAGAAGGUGCAUCCGGAGGGGAAGAAAGGGUUGUUGACGGACCGCGAUCAAAGGUUUGGAGUGGAUUAUGAGCAAAAAGAAACGUCGAGGAGGUUGAUUGAGGAGCCUGAGAUACAUCCUGACGCCGAUGCCAUGAUGCGCAAGCCUGUUGCCUCGGAAUAG